UCUUCGCUGAUGUGUUGUAAAGUAGACGUAGCAAUAGCGGGCUGAAGACUUUAUUAUCAUAGUCAUUUUUUCCUUCGGGUACACAACACCAUGCCAUAUUAUCAAACAUGGGAAGAGUUUGCCCGGGCGGCGGAAAAACUUUAUUUGGCAGACCCAAUGAAGGUCAGAGUGGUGCUAAAAUAUCGACACUGUGAUGGCAACCUCUGCAUGAAAGUCACAGAUGAUGCUGUUUGUUUACAGUACAAGACAGACCAGGCACAGGACGUUAAGAAGAUUGAGAAGCUGCAUGGAAAGUUGAUGAGAUUAAUGGUCUCCAAAGAAUCGCACAGUGGUGCCAUGGAAACGGACUGAACUAUUGGUCUCGUCACAUUUGUAUUUUUGGACAAUGGUUUUAGUGUCCGCUCCAUAUUCACCUAUGGAAUCGGAAGAGACCUAUGUUUGGAGAAUGUCUGGGAUGGGCCUGGUGGGGGGAAAUGGUUGGGGGAGUAGGUUUAAAAAGGAGAAUGACAAGCAAAGAACUUGACUUGCUAGGAGAGCAUGGGACAAGUCAUGGGACCUAUCUAUUUAUUUCCAAUCUCAAUGUGGAUUUAACCGGAAUGGAGAGACAGCAGCCUACAUUAGCAAGAUGGUAUUAUAUAUAUUUUUUUCUUCCUGUUUUAUGAUUACCUCAUUUGUUCGUAAGAACCAUGUCAAGAGACAUAUGAAGCAGGAACCUCUAGGUUUUCUUUUAAAAAUAAAUGUUCAGUUCCCACAACC